AUGUCUCAACAUACCAUUCGUCACGCUCGCAAGGAGGAUGUCCCCAUUAUCCUGGACCUGAUCCAGGCCCUCGCCGACUACGAAAAGGAGUCUGACGCCAACAAAGCGACCAUCGAGACUCUCACCAGCACUAUUGCCUUUGCCCCCUCAGGCGUGCCCUCGGACCCCAACACGACCGGCUACAAGCCCAGCACUGAGCCCACGUCGAGCAGCCGGCCCGCGCGCUGCCUGCUGCUCACCAACCCCGAGGGCGAGACGGUCGCCAUGGCGCUGUAUUUCUACAACUACAGCACGUGGCGCGCCUGCCCGGGCAUCUACCUCGAGGACCUGUUCGUGCAGCCGUCGCAGCGCGGCCGCGGCUACGGCAAGGCCCUGCUGGUGCAGCUCGCCAAGGAGGUCGUGGCGUUUGGCGGCGCGCGGCUCGAGUGGUCGGUGCUCAAGUGGAACGAGCCGAGCAUCAAGUUUUACGAAAAGAUUGGCGCGCAAGGCAUGCAUGAGUGGAUGACGAUGCGCGUGACCGACGACGGCCUGACCAAGCUGGCGGGCCUGCUGGACUGA